GCCCCAGGAAAUUGAUAUUGGCAUUAGUCAAUAUAGCGACGGGAAGGUUCAAGGAACCAAAUCAAUCAAUCACGAGACAAAAUAUAUACCGAGGAACUGGAUGCACUACAGAUACCUAGCUAGUACAGUUGUUAAGUUUGUGGAAUCCGGAAAGGGUGAGGGCUUGGAACUUGAACAUCUGGCGAUGGAAGGAAGUUAUGAAACCAGUGACGGCGAUGACCGAGGAGGGGCUCGAGCACUUUAUUUGUUUGUUUGCUAUCUAUCUCACUUUUCUACGAUUCGUUCCAUGGUACGCGUUUGA